AUGGCAAUCGAAUCUCGUCGUGGGUGGAAUCAGACAAUUUCGACCGUCAGAUCCUCCCCAUCAACGGCUCCCGUGCGGUUGCGCGUAUCCGCACGGAUCCAGAUCGACCGGCGGAAGUAUCUCGAGGAGCUCUUCCGUCGUCAGUUGGAGGAGGAGAAGCGGCGGGCUGAGUCAGCUGUGACGUGUCCAGUGGAUUGCGUGCGAGAGGUGCGGACUAUGGCUGAUUUGGAAGCGGAACUGCUCACAGCGGAGCAGAAUGUGCAGCUGGUGGUUGUGGACUUUUACAACUCGUCGUGUGGCUCCUGUAAAUACAUUCUUCCCAAGUUCAUUGACCUCUGCAAAUCAGGCUGUCAGGGAGACUCUGAGUGUGCAGUGGAUAAAUUUGCAUUUUCAGACAACACUACCCUUGAUAAGGUUACAACGGGUGGAAUUACAAGCAAUGAUUAUCCAGCGGCAGCUGAAGAGAGCAAGGAUGCAGAUUCUGUUGACUCUGAAACAGUGCGGCAGGAGUUUUCAGCCGUUCGGUUUCUCAAGCACAAUGUGCGGGACGACUAUGACGAUUUAACGGAAAUUGCCCUACUGUAUCGUAUCAAGCUGGUUCCUGCGUUUGCCUUCUUCAAGGACGGUUCUUGCAUUGGCCAGAUAGCAACAAGAAACACAUCCAGGGUGGCAUCUGCGCUGGCAACCUUGCUUUCUGGGCAGAGGCUUAACAGCAAGCAGCCAGACAUGGGGACCGAGCGCAAGCGUAAAAUCAGCCUCUUUGACGUUCCGCCGGAGACGAGCCGUCAGAAGGUGGACGGAUUCGCAGAUGCGACGUCGGCGGCGGCGGCUGUAAUCGCCGCGGCGUCGGCGAAUGUAAUGGCCGCGGCAGCGUCGACGACAAUAAACCCGUAUAACGGCCGGCCGUACACGCAGCGGUAUUUCGACAUUCUCGAGAAGCGGAAAACGCUGCCGGUCUGGCAGCAGAAGCAGGAAUUCGUGGAUCUGUUGAAGAAGCAGCAGAUCAUCGUGCUCGUGGGAGAGACGGGUAGCGGGAAGACCACGCAGAUCCCGCAAUUUGUCGUCGAGUGUCUGAACGCGACGAACAAGAAGCAGGUGGCGUGCACGCAGCCGCGGCGCGUGGCGGCGAUGUCGGUGUCGCGGCGAGUGGCGGACGAGAUGGAUGUGACCAUCGGCGAGGAGGUGGGCUACUCCAUCCGAUUCGAGGACUGCAGCGGCCCCAAAACCAGCCUCAAGUACCUCACUGAUGGUAUGCUGCUAAGAGAGGCCAUGGCGGACCCUUUGCUCGAGAGGUACAAGGCGAUCAUUCUGGACGAGGCGCACGAGCGCACGUUGGCGACGGACGUGCUGUUUGGGCUGCUCAAGGCGGUGCUGGAGCACCGGAAAGACCUCAAGCUGGUGGUCAUGAGCGCCACUCUCGAGGCCGAGAAGUUCCAAGGUUACUUCCACGGCGCUCCUCUUAUGAAGGUUCCUGGCAGGCUGCACCCUGUCGAGAUCUUCUACACGCAGGAGCCAGAGAGGGACUAUCUAGAGGCGGCCAUUCGCACGGUGGUGCAGAUCCACAUGUGUGAGCCGCCGGGGGACAUUCUCGUGUUCCUCACGGGGGAGGAGGAGAUUGAGGACGCCUGCAAGAAGAUCGCCCGCGAGGUGCAGAACAUGGGCGACCAGGUCGGCCCCGUCAAGGUCGUCCCACUCUACUCCACUCUGCCGCCCGCCAUGCAGCAGAAAAUCUUCGACGCCGCCCCGCCGCCCGUGAAAGAAGGCGGGACGCCCGGCCGAAAAAUCGUAGUUUCCACAAACAUCGCGGAAACCUCCCUCACGAUCGACGGAAUCGUUUAUGUCAUCGAUCCGGGAUUCUCCAAGCAGAAGGUCUAUAACCCGAGGAUCCGCGUCGAAUCCCUCCUGGUCUCCCCGAUUUCCAAAGCCUCGGCGCACCAGCGGGCGGGCCGCGCCGGCCGAACGCAGCCCGGGAAAUGCUUCCGGCUCUACACCGAACGCUCCUUCCAAAAGGACCUCCAGGAGCAGACCUACCCGGAGAUCCUCCGCUCGAACCUCGCAAACGUCGUUCUAACCCUAAAAAAGCUGGGUAUCGACGAUCUCGUGCACUUUGACUUCAUGGACCCGCCCGCCCCGGAGACUCUGAUGCGGGCGUUGGAGCUGCUGAACUACCUGGGGGCGCUGGACGAUGAGGGGAAUCUGACCAAGCUGGGCGAGCUCAUGAGCGAGUUCCCUCUCGACCCGCAGCUCUCCAAGAUGCUCGUGGUUUCUCCGGAUUACAAUUGCUCCAAUGAGAUCCUCUCUGUCACCGCCAUGCUCUCAGUGCCCAACUGCUUCAUUCGCCCGCGGGAGGCACAGAAGCAGGCGGACGAGGCCAAGGCACGCUUCUCCCACGAGGAUGGCGACCACCUCACGCUGCUCAACGUCUUCCACGCCUACAAGCAGAACGGCGAGGACCCCAGCUGGUGCUACGACAACUUUGUCAACGCACGGGCGUUGAAAGCAGCGGACAAUGUGAGGAACCAGCUGGUGCGCAUCAUGAUGCGCUACGGGCUCAAGAUGUGCUCCACGGCGUUUGAGUCGUCCGCCUACUACCCCAACAUCCGCAAGGCGCUGCUCGCUGGAUUCUUCAUGCAGGUGGCACAUUUGGAAAGGACAGGGCACUAUUUGACAGUCAAGGACAAUCAGAUUGUGCACCUACACCCAUCCACGGGGCUAUCCCACAAGCCCGAGUGGGUGAUCUACAACGAGUUUGUGCUCACCACGCGGAACUUCAUCCGCGUUGUCACCGACGUCAAGGGCGACUG